AUGUUUCUUUCUCGUAGGCAGUUUCCGGAGGUGAGGACACCGGAGCUGUUGGCUAAGUUCGUCGACGUGGUAUCUAGCUCUGGUGGGUCGAACCGGAAUGCCAACACUAUAGCCACGGCGGCCGGUUCGAGCUCGAGACCUGCGGUUGCUUCUUCCUCCGUUCCAGUGUAUGAGGUAGCGGUCCAGCCUGCCGCCUCCCCAUCGUUUGCUGUUGAUCUCGCCGGCAAUGUUGGAGACGAGGUUGGAUACGAGGAACAUCAUCCGACUGAAGUACAGUGUCCUCCACCGGCUGGUGUUGGCGAGGGAUUGUGUGAUGAUCCAGAUGAUGAUGAAGUCGAGCCGGAUAUUAUCGCUGAUGAAAACGGCGAUGAUGUUGGAGCGAGUGAUCCGAUAAGGCCUACUGGUGGUUCUAGUUCUGGCACAAAUCAGUACCCACCCCAUUUUUCAUCUUUGGAUCUGGAUGCCAUGAGGCAGGACGAACACCUUGGGCAGCUAGUUGGAUUUGGCGCUAGAGAUACCGAAGGGUCUGCCGGUAUGACAGAGUUCCAGGUUGGCCAACAAUUCCAGGAUAAAGAUGAGGCGCUGUUGAGUGUCAAGACGUACAGCAUCCGCCGAGGGGUACAGUACAAGGUAGUUGAGUCUGACUAUCACCGGUACGUGGGAAAGUGUUCGGAGUUUGGGAAUGGGUGCACAUGGUUGAUUAGGCUGAGCCUCCGACAACGCAAGGGCAUCUGGGAAGUCAAGCGGUACAAUGGGCCGCAUACCUGUCUCGCCACCUCCAUCUCCAGCGACCAUAGGAGCUUGGACUACCACGUGAUAGCGACAUUCAUCAUGCCAAUGGUUAGGGCUGACGCAUCCGUCAACAUCAAGGUGCUUCUAAAUGCAACGGCAGCACACUUUGGCUUCAGGCCUACAUAG